AUGGCGGAUGGCGGAUCCGUCGGAUCAAAGGCUAGCGAUUGCGGCUUCUGGUGUCUGGUUACCAGUCGCCGGUUCGCCGAGGCGGUUUCGUCGCUGGCGAAGCCGAGAGAGGUGGUGCUGCGACCCAAGGAGGAGCAGGAUAUGGUGGGGUUCGGAUGGCGGGAAAUUCUGGGCCUGAAACAGAAGUCAUCGGGCAAUGCUGAGCUUGCUGCUGAGACGCAUCAGGUGUACUACGUCACGAAUCGCGUGUGCGAGAGGGAGGACGAGAAGAUGGGCAAGGUGUACGGCAAGCACAUGGACAGUGGCCUGCAUGUCGGUGUGGUGAAUGUGGAUUGUCCGAACGGCAAGCCUCAAGUGAAGCCGGAGGGGCAGCUUGUAACGAGUAUGGAUGCAGAGGCGUUCAAGCAGCGGCUGAGGGAGCAUGUGGCUCGCGAUGAGAACAAGGCAGUGCUCGUCUAUGUGCAUGGCUGCUUCACUGACUUCAGCCGAGGCAUGGGUUAUGGAGCAUUCAUGCAGCGUGGUCUCGAUUUCAACGGCCCCAUGGUGGUGUACAGCUGGCCCACCGUGGGGCGGCCGUCCGUGUCGGUGGGGCUGGGGGUGAUCAGCCUGUACCGCCAGGACGAGGUCACGUGCAUGCAGGCCGCUCCCGACCUCAGGGAUCUGCUCCAGAUGCUCUCAACCGAAGUGGGAGCCAAGGCGGUGCACGUGAUGGCAUACAGCAUGGGCGCGCGCACUCUCCUCGAGGCUCUCCGCCUGUCCGCGCUCUCCCCGCCGCACCUGGACCCAUUCCACGCCCGCACCGGCGUCACCUCCCACAUCUACUUCAUGGCUCCUGAUGUGGCCGCCCACUCCUUCUCCUCUGUUAUACGGAAAUUUAAGUUCCCGGGGAUUGCGUGGGAUGGAGAGGCGGAGGAAAAAAGUGAGAGGGCUCGCGGGGUUGCAUGGGAAGGGGAGGCGGAGGGACGAGAGAGGCAUGCUGAGGGUGCGUUGGAAAGAGGGGCAGAGGAGGGAGAAACGGGCUCUGGAGUUUUGGAUGCCAUACCCCCUUUGACCUUUCUCCAGCAAGCCUCAGCACCUUCCUCCCCAUCUGCCUCCGCACCUUCCUCCACACCUUCCUUCAUGCAUGAAUCAGAUGCGCGCAGUCACGAUUCCAUGAUAGAGAGGAUCGCAGACGUGUGGAACGUGGCCGGGGAAAGCACGUCAGGCUGGGUAACGCUACGGCAGGCUUGGCAGGAGGUUCGGGAAAAGGGGCUGAUGGAGGUUUGGAACGAGAUCUUCCACCCGCCAGGCCUUGCCGAACCUGGUGGCUAUGCGUCUGCCGAGGCUGUGCCGAGUCUUGUCGGCGGCGGCCCUGAGAGGUUUGGAGGUACAUCCGAGCCUGUUUUCCGAACCAGAGAGGCAGGAGGCAACGAGGCUGAGCACAGGUCGAGAAGUAUCAGGACUGGCAGUGCUUCUAACGCAUUUGAAGGGCCUAGAAAGCAUGUGCUUAACGGUUUACAGAUGUCUGAAGCAGCUCAGGAAGCAGCAGCGAGAAUGGGAGGAUCGUGUCUUGACAGCUCGUGUGCUUCUAAUGAAUGGGAGCGGGAGACGGGGAGGUCUAUGCCUGAUGGUGGCCGCUGGCAAGAGAAUCAUGCGUCUAUACGUGUAGAUUCUGUGUCUCGCAGUGUAGAUUCCCAGUCCAGCAGUUUAGAAUCUAGGUCAAGAGAAGGUGUAGGUGUAGGUAGAGAUGCGGUUCCGUUCCCGGGUGCGGAACGGCCAACAGAAUCAGCGGUCAGGCCACUGCAAUCAGCAGCAUCAGCAGGAGGAGGAGCAAGAGGAUCAGGAGCAGGAGAGCAGAGCAGCUCACAGCCAGCAGUGCGGGAGAAUGCGCAGGCAGCAGUGCGGGAGAAUGCGCACAUACAUCUGUUCACGGCUCGCAACGACAUUGCUCUGCUGCUCUCCGAAUUCAUGGAUGCCGGUAUUCCCAAGGUGCGUGCAGGGAGAGGUUCUGACGACUUCCUUUUAUGCUGCGGGCACAAGGCGUUUGAUACAGUCGAUGUCAGCGGCUUAAACAAUGGGCUGCUGAGCACGGGCCACUUCUACCUCUUCCACCACAUCCAUCAGCAGCAGCACCACUUGCCUCGCCUCUUGAGCCAUGUUCAGCCUCGUAUACGCCACGUUCGUUCUUCUUCCCUUGGGCCAGAGCUGAACCCGCCAGGCACGGCAGCAGCAGCAGCAGCAGCACACUCGAUUUGUCACCCGCUAGGAGUAGCGGCAAGCUGGGUACCAGUGCUUCUAGCCACAGCAACCCUCUGGUACGUACGCCUUUUGAGUCGACUCACCUUGUCUCUGUGCAAGUGA